AUAUUAAAAUUUCUAAUUAUUUUAUAGAUUUCUCAACGACUUCAAAAGACCGAGUGGACGGAGAAGUUCCCCAGCGUCAGGACAUCAAGGAGACAGAUGGAGCUUCGCACCUUUAGUGAUACGGUUUCAAUGCUCUCGAGCGUCGGCUUCUAGCAGUGCCAAUACCAAAAGCCUAUGAAACAUAUCCCAAUCAAAAGGGUUCCCUUUAUCAACAGAAGGCCGAUAAAAUAAAAAUGGCUUUGGAACGAAUGAGAGAGGAGAACGUAAAUAAACUUUUUAUCAAGGCCUUUUCUAAUGACGGGUCGUGGAAGACCGUUUUAGUGGACGAAAAAAUGACGUGUGGCUACGUCACUAGGUUGCUCGCUGACAAAAAUCACGUGACCAUGGAGCCUAAGUACGCGAUCGUUGAGCAGCUCCCAGAUUUGCACAUGGAACGUGUGUACGAAGACCACGAAAUGCUGGUGGACAACCUAAUGCUAUGGACCAGAGAGUGGAAGAACAAAAUACUGUUUGCAGAGCGACCAGAGAAAAAUUUGCUUUUUCAAACACCAGAAAAGUUUCUACUUAGCGAAGAUGACCGAGGUUGGUCCAGCGACCACGACGAUAAUUUACGACAAGUCAUCAUCGACGAAUUCUUUGGCCAAAGCAGCACAACUCCAUCAAUUUCGGGACAUACUGUACCACCCAUGGAAGGCUUUCUCUAUCUGAAAAGUGACGCUAAAAAGGGAUGGAAGAAGUACUACUUCGUACUUAGACCUUCUGGCCUAUACUAUGUGCCGAAAGACAAGGUGAAAACGUUGAAGGAGCUGGUGUGUCUGACGACAUUCGACAAUAACGAAGUAUACGUUGGUGUUAAUUGGAAGAAGAAGUAUAAAUCGCCAACUGAUUUUUGCUUCGCCAUCAAGCAUCCGAGACUGCAGCAACCGAAGAGUGUGAAAUUCAUUAAGUUCCUCUGCGCUGAUGACCAGCAGACAUUGGAUAGGUGGAUUACAGCCAUGAGAAUAGCUAAACAUGGAAGGCAGCUGCUAGAAAACUAUAGAUCGCUGGUAGAAGAGCUCACUCAAGAAGAUUUAGAUCACUUGGCUCAUGCGCGUUCUUGCUCUAUCUCCUCAAUACCCACUAAAACCAACAACCCGCCGAUGGUAACCAAUUCAGUGCAGCCAACAUCCAGCAAUGCGAGUGUUGCCAAUUCCGAUAUUAGUAGUGGAAGACAUUCCCGCGCUUCGUCAUCUAGUUCCAGCGGUUGUCUAUCAGAUGGAGGCACUGCGUCUGAGAGUGCUUUUGAUUGCGAGUUUCCUAUGGGGACAAUCAAACGCAAGCCAUCGAUGAAAUCAAACAUUCCCUUGACCUGGAUGACACGGCAACUUAAAGAAAUGGCUGAAAAAGACGAAAGUGAGGGAGGUGACACCAGUACCCUGACCCGAAGACCUCGCCAGAGGGAUGAUACCCUCAAACGGCACGCAGAUACAUCCGAAAGCGCAGUCUACAGUAGCAGUAGUAUGACGUCUUCGAGCUACGUCCAUGACACAGGAAUGUUCAGCUCUACACUCAGCCUUGAUUCACUACCACCGCCACCACCACCCCUACCUGCAGAUUCAGUCAUGGCAUUCCCGAGGCCGCCGUCAUUGGCCAGAGUGAAUCCAGUAUUAUCAUCCCUAGAUUCCGACAAGAUUCUAAGAGAAAAGGCAUUCGGUGCUUGUUUAGUCGAACUGCAGAAGAAGUUAGAACUAUGUUAUGAGCGAUCUAGCUCCAUGAAAAAAGACAACUUUGCUGAUGAUCUUCCAACCGACAAAGAGAAUAAAAAGAUAACAUUCAAUUUAACAGAGGCACCGCCGUCUCCCAGAAAACCUUUACCCCCUCGUCGGAAUGAAAGCACCAGAUUAUCGUCUACGAAGAAAUUAGCAGAUUCGAACAGUAACCCACCCACAGAAUUUUUUACAGAUGCACAAAUGAAGAGAAAGAAAUGGCAAGUUGCGCAGCAGUGCAAAAUAGAGCUGCUAUCAGACGAUUAUAUGGAGGCGAGCGAACGGAUUUAAGUGCAAGAGCACUACGGGGCUGGAUCUGUGGAAGAUCCGUU